CAGUGCGUUCUGCUGUCAAACCAGGGUUUCGUCACAAAUACCUCUUUAGUGCACUAUCUGAACACGACAUAAGUCAUUACGUCACGUCUUACGAAGUGGACCUUUAUAGGGCACAUGAAGGUAUUUGGAAAUCAAACCAGCGGCUAGUUUCAGUGGUGUAAACAUUUCUUCUUUUUAGUGUCCACUUGCUCCAUGACCCUUUGGAAUCUGUUUUUUUGUGGGGAAACAAACUGGUGCAGAGAGCCGGAAGUUCCCCAGAGAGCAGGUCUGCUUUGUAAUUCGUGCCUGCAAUGAGUGAUGUGGUUGAGAAGACCCUCAAUGCUCUCCCGGGUCUGUUGUCUCUCGAUUCUCACCCUGGAGCCUCCAAACUUUCCCCCACCUCCAAACUAGGACACCUGGUCAGAAGCAUUACUGAGCUGACAUCCAAAAAUGAAGAAGAAAAGCUCAUCACUAAAGAGCUUGCAGCUAUUAAAGAUCAGCUUUCAUCUCCUAAUACUACAAUGAGACAAAUGAGGGAGCUGAUGGUGAGAGCCAUGUAUUGUGAGAUGCUCGGAUAUGAAGCCACUUUUGCUUACAUCCAUGCCAUCAAACUGGCCCAGCAAGGCACAGUACUGGAGAAGAGAGUUGGAUACCUUGCAGUGUCACUUUUUCUUAAUGAGAGUCAUGAACUGCUGUUACUGCUGGUCAAUACAGUAUUGAAGGAUCUUCAAAGCACUAACCUCAUUGAGGUCUGCAUGGCUCUGACUGUUGUAAGUCAGAUAUUUCCCAAAGACAUGAUCCCGUCCAUUCUGCCCCUGGUAGAAGAGAAGCUGUCUCAUCAAAAGGAAAUCAUACGACAGAAAGCGGUGCUUGCUUUGUACAAGUUCUACCUGAUCGCCCCGAAUCAAGUGCAGCAUAUUCACAGCAAGUUUCGGAAAGCCUUGUGUGACAAAGAUCCAGGAGUCAUGAUGUCCUCUUUACACAUCUACUUGCGGUUGAUAAAGGAGAACCCCGACAAUUACAAGGAGCUGACGAGCAGCUUUGUAACCAUCUUGAGGCAGGUGGUUGGAGGGAAGCUACCACUUGACUUUAACUACCACGGUGUCCCUGCACCAUGGCUGCAGAUCCAACUGCUCCGUAUCCUGUCUCUGCUGGGGAAAGAGGACCAAAGCGCGAGUGAGCUGAUGUACGAGGUGUUAGACGAGUCUCUGCGACGAGCCGAACUGAACCACAACAUUACUUAUGCAAUUCUGUACGAGUGCGUGAAGGCGAUCUAUACCGUAUACCCUAAAGCCGAGCUGCUGGAAAAAGCAGCGAGGUGCAUAGGAAACUUCGUGCUGUCUCCGAAGAUCAACCUGAAGUACCUGGGGUUGAAGGCUUUAACAUACGUGGUUCAGUAUGACGCCAACCUCGCUCUGCAGCACCAGAUGACUAUUAUAGAAUGUUUGGAUCAUUCGGAUCUCAUCAUCAAGAGAGAGACCUUAGAGCUGCUCUUCAGGAUAACGAAUGCCCAAAACGUCACUGUGAUCGUAGAGAAAAUGUUGCGAUUCCUCCGGCUUUGUGACGAUAGCUACACCAUCAUCGAUCUUGUGGGAAAAGUGGCUGAGUUGGCUGAAAAGUAUGCUCCAGACAACGAGUGGUUUAUUCAGACUAUGAAUGAAGUGUUCUCUCUCGGCGGUGACUUCAUGAAGCCGGAUAUUCCCAACAACUUCCUCAGGCUGCUCAUAGAGGGCUCGGAUGCAGAGGAGGACGACCGGCAGCUCAAGCUAUAUGCAGUGGACUUGUAUAUAGCAGUCCUGAAGGGUGACUGUUCUCAUUUGCCCCAGUGCUUCCUACAAGUCAUUAGCUGGGUGCUUGGAGAGUACUCCUGCAUGAGAGAAGGCCUGGACCAGUGUGAGGUCAUAGUGCUCCUGAAGAAGUUGUUAGAGCAGAGAGGAGUGAGCUCAGAGACCAGGAGCUGGGUGCUGGGUGCCCUCACUAAGCUGUGUCAGAGCUCUGGAUCUGCUGAGCUUGUACUGGAGCUGACGGAGAGCUUGGCUUCCUCUCUGGACACAGUGCUGCGCCAGCAGGCUAAUGAGCUGCAGGGCCUCAGCCGGGACUCGCAGCUCCACGCUCGGUUACUGCACCAGUUCAGGGACAGCAUGCAGGUGGACUCCUCUCUCUCAUUUCUGGAUGGCUUUGUAUCUGAAGCUCUAGCUGCAGGAGCUGCUCCGUAUAAACCCCCUCAUCAGAGACAGGAAGAGCUGAGUCAGCAGAGAGCACUAAGUUUAGAGCCGUAUGGACUGUCUCUUCCCGUGAGCAUGUCCUCAUGCACGCUCAUGGACAGACAGUCCCCAACCGUUCUCUCUAUGAGCUCUGGUCUCUCUGGUAACAGCACCGAACCGGCACUUAGGACAGGAGCAAGCACACUCAUAUUGGAUGGUGUGAAGAGAGUGUGGGGGAAGGAGGGUUAUCUGCUCCAGAAAGAGUCUUCUAAAACCUCAGCAGUAGUAGACACACCGAACACUGUACACCAGUCAUCCAACCAGGAAGUAGCUGCAACAGAUGCUUCCCAGCCCGAGCUUAAUCACUAUCCCAAGCCUGAGCCUUCACAUAUGGACCAGGAGAAGCAGCAGCUGGCAUCAUCUCUGUUUGUUGGACUGGGAUCUCAAAGCUCCACAUCUCUGUUGGAGAAAACUGAGGCUUCCGCUCCACGAUUCAGAAGAAAACACAGGCAGCACGGAUCAGCAUCAUCGUCGAGCACCAGUGAGGCAUCUACGAGCUCCUCACACUCUUCCCGGCGCAGGACAGACGCCUUAUACGAUGGCUUGCUGGACGAGGAGCAGGUUACACACAUACAGAACUCAAAUCACACCCUGACGUCCACUACGGUUAACGGCAGCUGUGAUUCCACGCAGUCCAGCCAGACCGCUAAUGGUCUGGGUGAAAGGGAAGUGUGCACUGUGGAUAUGCUGAUGAUUAGACCUAACGCUUUAGCAGAAGAAGCCUUAGUAGUGCCUCAAAACGGCUGUUCUGAUCUCGUCGUUCUGAAGUUACCAUCUGAACUGGAUGACCUGCCUCAUUCUGACAUUAUAACCUUGACUUCUGACCCCCGCCUGUCCAUCUCUUGCUGCCGCGUGUACAGAGACGAUGCCCUGCUGCUCGCGCUGUUCAUUUGCAACACUACAGAGAUGCCACUCUGCGAUGUCACUGUUGAACUGAGCUGCGAGGAGCUGGAGAUGACGAGCCUAAGAGGAAAUGUGAUCGAGUGUCUGGAGGGCAGAGAUUCCUCAGUGUGUCGUUACACUCUUCUGAUGGAAAGACCUCACAUUCAAGUGACCUUCAAAGGAGCAGUGUUGUACCAAACACAGUCUGGACAUUUGCACACUCUGCAGUUCUCUGGUAAACUCUCCACCACUGACUUUAUAAGGCCGCUGAUGCUGAGCACAGAGGAGUAUGGGAAAUUGUGGCUUUCCUUCUCUAAUGAUGUGAAGCAGAACCUAAAACUACUAACAGGCACUGAAAGUCCUCUUAUAACCACCCUUAAUGCUCUUCAGGAAAACCUCCGAAUACACACGGUGCACAUCAUCGGUUCGGAGGGUAUCGUGGCCUGUCGUUUGCUGAAUGGCGCCCCCUGUCUCAUGCACUGUCGUGUACACGGUGCUUCUCUGGCUGUACGGCUGCGUUCUCCUCUGCCUGCUUUCCCAGACUGUCUCCUCUAUCACUGCCAGAGAGUCCUGCAAGAACCCUGAGGCUCAGCAACUCUAUGCAUCUGUUAUUAACUGAAAUGUCUUACAAUCCUUCUGUUAUUGAGUAUGAGUGAAGAUUAGGAAUGAUGAAGCCUGCGUGUGUGUGUGUGUGUGUGUGUGUGUGUGUGUGUGUGUGUGUGUGUGUGUGUGUGUGUGUGGACGUGCUCAGAUCUUUCUUGAAAUGAUGACUGACUGUAAAGCAAUAUAUGUAAUUUCUGUCUUUCUUCUUUAAUGAAAUGCUUUAUAAUACUAAUGGUAUUGUUUUUCUAAUUGAACCCAGUUCCUGAGAGGUUCCUUACCUAAUAGAGUAUUUCGAAAAAAUAUAUAUGUAUAUUUAUUGUUUUUCAUAUUUUAAACCUUUAUUUCUGUCUUUCCAUUCUUUUAUUAGUUUCUUUCCGAUUCAAACUGAUACAUUGAAUAUUCUGUUUGAUUUGUCACCGUUUUAAUUACAGCAGUAUUUGUUAUAAAAGACCAUCAACAAAGAAGCCAUGUCUUCCUUUAUACUGUAGCUGUCGAGAAAAUAUAUUUUAUAAAACACUA